AUGGUUUUAACUGAAGGCUAUUUAACGAGAUUAUAUAAAAGUCUCUAUAUUAAUGAAAAGGGAAUAAAUGUAAGGAAAUGUAGCAAUAGUAAAAGAAUUUCAUUAAAAAAUAAAAUACCAUCGCAAGAUAGUUACGAUUUAAGAAGUGAUUCGACAGAUUGUAGUAUGAGUGAAUAUCAGUUUGAAGUUUUUACAUCGUUAAAUGAUAAAGUUAGAAUCCCAUCAAAAAAAAAAAAGGUAGAUAAAUGUGUAAAUACAUCCACCUUAAAACAUGAACAUAAUCAUUUUUAUGCAACAAUUACAAUAAAGUGCAAAGAAUGCGAUGAACAAUUUACUAGAAAUUUGGAAUUUUAA